AUGAGCAGCGACGAGGACGGCGCAGCGCUCAUGGCAGUAUUCAAGAAGAAGCCGGCUGGGCGCAACACUAGUGCUCCCCAAGCAGCACCUCUGGGGGAAGCAUCUGAUUCCCCAGCUACCAUCUCUCUACAAGACGACACGAAUGAUGAUCUGGAAUUUUUACGUAUCGAAAUCCCGCCUCGCAAACGAAGACUUUUGUGUGUUCGCAUACCCCAGAAACAAAUUAGAAGGGCAGAAUACAAGUACUAUGGGCCCCAGGAUGAGGUGGAAAAGGUCCUUCAUGAGGCCUCUGUUGGAAAGAAGAGCGAAAUGAGGUAUAAGAUCAAGCUGUUCGGCAGUGAUCGCGUCAAGCAGGUUACCUUCGAAGAGCUCCUUAAUUUCCGUGGUGGCCCUGAGGCACUGCAAUCGUUCCAACCACACAGCGAUUCGAGCGACGACGCUGACAUGAGGCUUCGCAACCAGAACACUAGGGCGGACGUUGAGGGGUUUGUCGAUACAACAAGUUUCCCCGUAUCAUCGUCCGAGGACGACGAGCAAGACGAGCUUGCCUCUGACACAUCAGGACGCCCACGCCACCGCUCACAGAGGACAGGACGUGGAAGUCGUCGAGAGAAGUCAUCGAGAGAUCGCUCAGAGAUCAGUGAUCUGAUCGCGCUCUCAACGAGUGAAGAGGACGAAGACUCUGAUGACGGCGGCCGGAAGGGCAAAGGCAGGCCGCGCAAGGGUAUACAGCAGCCCACACGACGCUCAACACGACAACCAAUCCGAACGAGGAACAAUGACAACGAUGACGACGAACAAGAGGAGGAUGAUACCGACGACUCCAGUGCCUCAGAUAUUCUCCGGUCAGACGUACUUCCUAGUCGCAAGCGCAAGAGACAGUCUCUACGUGCAGCAAAGCCUGAGAAGAUCCCUCGAGCGGGCGUCCGACAGUCUGAUCGAGCAACACGUGCUACCAACAACAUGCAGGAGGCGGAUAUGAACGACAUAUACCGGUCAGAUACCGCGCCCAAAGCCGUUGCUCAGAAGGUCUCUGUUGUUCGCGAAGUGUUCCCGAAGCUCCCACGGAGCGAUCCUUUCCGUGCGCGACAUGCAGAAGGUUGCGAAGUCUGCUUCGAUGGACCCAACGUAGCACCCCUGGUGUACUGUCAAGGUUGCUCUCUAGCAUACCACAAGAAUUGCUUGGGUAAUCGAUCUACUCGCGAUCAUUUGGUCACCAAGGUUGGCGAUGAGCAGUUUGUCCUGCAGUGCAAGAGGUGCAUUGGCUUCUAUAAGAAGAAGGACGCGACCGCUCCCGAUCUAUCCAGAUGCCAAGAUUGCGCUGUUUCUGGAGUUUCGUGCCGACCCUUCAGGCGCCGCAAGACCACGCAGCAAGAGAUGAAGGAACGUGAAGAGAAUGAUGGCUAUGAUCCAGUCAUUGACGUUCCUUCUGAGCUUCUCAACGACCGUAACAAUGUGUUGUUUCGCUGCACAAAGUGCUCUCGCGCCUGGCAUUAUCACCACCUACCACCUAUCUCGCAGUAUGCCAUGGACGUCAAUCGUGACGACGAAGAGAUGGCGGACGAGCGAUUCCGCGAGUACUCUGGUAAAUGGAUGUGCAAGGAGUGCGACGAGACCAUCAAUCAAAAGGUUGGCGGCAUCAUUGCCUGGCGGCCAUCGGAUGUCGAGACUUAUCGGCCAGGAACUCCAUGUGAGUUGAUUUGCGAAGACGACAAGCAAUAUCUUAUCAAAUGGGAGAACGAGUCCUACUUCCGGGCGUCAUGGCAUUCCGGAGCCUGGACCUGGGGCGUGACAGCUGGAGUCCAACGCAAGGCUUUCUUUAAGCGUGAGGACGGACCAAAGAUGCGAACUGAAGACGCCAUUCCCGAAGAGUACCUUCGCAUCGACAUUGUCCUUGACAUCAAGUACACGAGCUAUGUUGAGGUUCGCAGCGAGGAGAUCGACAAAGCCCGUAUAAAAGAAGUCGAUAAGGCGCUUAUCAAGUACAAGGGUUUGGGCUAUGAGGACACUGUCUGGGAGAGUGUGCCUACUCCAGAAGACGGUGAUAGGUGGCUAGACUUUGUCACUGCUUACACCGACUGGGUUGCCGGUCGCUACGUCAAGAUCCCCAAACAGGGUCCCCUCAAAGGACGGAUUGAGAAAGCUCGAAGCACACCAUUCGCUAAGCUUGAGCGAGAGAAACAACCUGAUAAUCUCGUUGGUGGUGAGCUGAUGAAAUACCAGCUGGACGGUCUGAACUGGCUCUACUACAAAUGGUACGAUCAGAAGAACGCCAUCCUUGCAGACGAGAUGGGCCUGGGAAAGACGAUCCAAGUCAUCGCCUUCAUGGCAACCCUUAUCCAGGAGCAUAACUGCUUCCCGUUCUUGAUUGUAGUGCCCAACUCGACAUGUGCCAACUGGCGCCGGGAGAUCAAGCAAUGGGCACCUUCUCUUCGCGUAGUUGCCUACUUUGGAUCUGCCAAAGCUCGCGAGAUGGCUUACAAGUACGAGAUGUACCCCGAGAAUACAAAGGACCUACGAUGCCACAUUGUUGUAACUUCAUACGAAGCGGCGGCCGACGACAACUGCAGGAGAUUCUUUAGAGGUGUCAGCUGGGCCGGUCUCGUCAUCGAUGAAGGCCAGCGUCUGAAGAACGACAAGAGUCAGUUGUACACAGCCCUUACAGCAGUACGCGCGCCAUUCCGACUGCUGUUGACUGGCACGCCACUACAAAACAAUGCUAGAGAGCUCUUCAACUUGCUGCACUUCCUGGACGACACUAUCAAUGCCGAGCAACUAGAGGAACAGUACGCUGAGAUGACAGCGGAAAACAUUCGGGAACUUCAUGACCAGAUCCGGCCUUUCAUCCUGCGACGUACGAAGGCCAAGGUGCUGACCUUCCUUCCGCCUCUGGGUCAAAUUAUUCUUCCAAUCUCCAUGAGCCACUUGCAGAAGCAAGUCUACAAAUCGAUUCUAUCGAAGAGCCCAGAGCUUCUCAAGGCUCUCUUCACCUCCGAUAAACAGUUGAAACAGCAGGAACGUGCAAACUUGAGUAACAUCCUCAUGCAACUGCGCAAGUGUCUGUGCCAUCCGUUCGUCUACAGUCGGGAAAUUGAAGAGAGGAGCGACGUUGCUGCCGUCUCUCAUCGCAACCUUGUAGAGGCUUCUGCUAAGCUCACUCUUCUUGAGACUCUUCUCCCAAAGCUUCAAGAACGUGGUCAUCGCGUGCUCAUAUUUAGCCAGUUUCUCGACAUGCUCAACAUUAUCGAAGACUUCUUGGACGGCAUGCAGCUCCCGUAUCAGCGUCUAGACGGCACAAUGGGCUCGCUCGAGAAGCAGAAGCGUAUUGACCAGUUCAACGCGCCCGACUCAUCGCUAUUCGCCUUCCUUCUCUCCACCCGCGCUGGUGGUGUUGGUAUCAAUCUUGCAACUGCCGACACCGUGAUCAUCCUAGAUCCUGACUGGAACCCUCAUCAAGAUCUCCAAGCUAUUGCUAGGGCUCAUCGUAUUGGUCAGAAGAAGAAAGUGCUGUGUCUUCAGCUAGCAACUCGGGCAUCUGUAGAAGAGAAGAUCAUGCAGAUGGGCAAGAAGAAGAUGGCUCUCGACAAAGUUGUUGUACAAGAUCUGGACAAGGAAGACCCGGAGGAUGAGGAUGUUGAGUCCAUACUCAAAUAUGGCGCUGCAGAACUCUUCAAGGAUGAUGACGCAGAUAAUGACAUUCGAUACGACGACGCCUCUAUCGACAAACUACUCGACCGUAGCCAGAUCGAGAACACCCAAACUGGUGACGAUGACUCUGCAGAAUCUCAGUUCGGCUUCGCCCGUAUCUGGGUUAAUGAGAAGGGUGGCUUGCAAGAUGACUUCGAUAUUGCGGACGGAGAGGUGGCUCCAGAUCCAGGUGUCUGGGAUAAGAUCUUGAAGGAACGACAAGCUGCUGCGGCCGCCGAAGCGCUUGCAAAGGCAGAGGCUAUGGGUCGGGGACGCCGGGCCAAAGCAGCUGUCGAUUAUGCUACGGAGAAGAGAGAUGCUGAUGCUGCGUCUGUCGUGGGUACAGAUCACUUCGAGGAUACUGCCGCACCACCUUCACCGAUCAAGAAGCCCAGCAGAAAGCGCAAGAACAAGACUGAAUCUGAGAGUGAUACCGACUUCCAAGCCGAGUCUGAAGACGAAAGCGAGCCCGAGCUAACUCAUGACAAUGUUGAUGCUGCCAAAGAGCUCGGUAACGUUCACCGUCCCAGUACAACAAGUAUCGCCAAUUCUUCACCCUACAAGCAGAAUGGCGUAGGUGCGUCUAAAAUUUCAUCUACUCAACAGUCACAAUUUCCCGCUGUCAUUUUACCUCUCCAGAACACGCCCAAGAAGGGUGGCGCAAGGGCUGUCAGAUCGCCGCCGAAGCCAGUGAAGGCGUCACCACUGAAAGACCGUUCGAGAGUUGGACUCGACCUCGGGACGCAUCUCAAUGGCAACAAUGAGACACAGUCAAAUACUUUCUCAGGGCAGGCAUCGUCGGCUCGCGGACCAUCUGCGUUCAUCGAUCUUUCAUCGCCUCCACCAGAGCCAGCACCAGCACCAAAAGCACCAAAAACUAAUCAAGCAACAGUCAAACCAUUUGCACGCGCUAUUAUACCCAUCCGCAACCCUCUCGAGCCAACAUAUGUCGCUCCCGGUAUUCACAUCUGCCCGGCCUGCCACAAGAACCAUCCUUCGGGCGCUUGCGAGCUCAAAGCAGCAGGUGUUGAGCACUGCGGCCUCUGCGGGUUAGCACACUACGGCCACUCACGCACAUGUCCCCACAUCAGAUCCGAAACACAAGUCCGAGAGAUGCUUGAAGCGCUCAAGAACUCGCCCGAGAAGAAGGAACUGGUUGAUGCAGCGAUCAAAUAUCUUCGUGGUGUCAAAGGUACACUGGUACAGCAAAAGAAGAGGGAUAGGGAGAAGGCGGCUUUGGCUAAGGGCCAGCCCGUUCCCCCACCUACAUACGCAGGCAUUGGUCGGCCUCCGAAGAAUGCGUAUUCACGUCCGCAUGGUGCUCUUAAUGGAGGUAUGAAUGGUAUGAAUGGUGCUGGAGACAGCAGUCCGGCUGUGGGUCCUUCGAGCGAUGCACCCCGCUUGUACACGCCUUAUGGUCCACCAGGACGGAUGGAAGUUGCGCCAGGUAGCGUUGGUAAUGCGCUUCAGGGUCAGCAGCGCACGUUUGCUCAGCAGCAGAUGAUUGAGCAGAUGCAGGGUCAGGGCUUUGAUGAUCAGCAGGUAGAGAGCGCGUUGAGGGGCUUUUUGUUUCAGGGUCAGAGUUGA